UCUGACAACGUACGAUUGGUUUGCUUCUCAUUUCAUGAAAUGUGCCACCAACUGAAAUACAGCAGAUACCACACAACUGGAAUAUCAGUCAUCAAGUCUGUUCGUGCAUAGUAUCAAACAGAAUUUGAACAUUAAUGGCUCUAGUACCACUUAAAGGUAACAUCGUUUUCAUGUUUAUAAAACACAUUCUGUCUGAUACAAAGAAGUGGACAGCAGUGGAACACUAUGCGAUACAUGUUUCUGCUUCUUCAGGAGUGAACAUCUUUAUGGAUAACUGGUAUAUACAUGGAUAUAUGUUCAAGGAAGACAUGCACGUCAGUUCUGUGCAUUUAUUCACCAGUUGAUCACGUGUUCGUCUACUGUAAAUAAGUAAGAAGUAAAUUGUUGAUGACAUACUGGAUUGAUAUUGAAUUCUGAACAGUGAUGAAACACGUGUUGUAUCCAAAUGGAAAAAUACCUCGUGUUGAUAUCCGGGUGUAAACAUGCUUGGUGUUGAUGUAUAAGUGCGAAUGUCCAAGUGUUAACAUGUCUCGUGUUGAUAUCCAAGUGUGAAUAUAAUAAAUGUUGACCAAAUGUUGACUAAAUCAAAUCUGGAAUAACCUGUGUUGACAUCCAAGCCUGAGUAUUAUCAUCCAGCUUUGAAUACAGUGUGUAUUUAGUUUGAGUAUUCUGUUAAUGUCCAAGCCUCUGUACUGUGUUUAACGUUUAUGGAGUAAAAGCGUUGGAUUCCUUUUAAAAAACCAAAAAUUAAAACUGUUGACCAACUGAAAGCAUCUCCGGUGACUCACAUCCCUUUGAUAUCCACAGCAGUGAAAAAAUUACUUUCGCCAGCCACAAUGACGUCAUUAAACCUGUCUUUGGUGAACCAGACUCCAGAAGCAGACGAUACCAACCACGGCAGCGUGAGCACGUCCCAGGGCCUGCUGAUCCUCGUCAACCUUCUCGUGAUGGUCUUCAUCUGCGUGGGCAAUCUCUUCACCAUCCUGGCUGUGUGGCGCACGCCGUCCCUGAGGACCGUGCCCAACAUGUACGUGGUGUCCCUGGCCGUGGCCGACUUCCUCACGGGGGCUAUCAUCCCCUACUACGCCCUCACCUUGUACCCGCCCUUCCAGGAGGAGCUGGACAAGAAGAAGUACCUGUGUCUGUUCCGCUACGUGUGGUUCCACGUGUUUGUGGCCAAAUCCAUAAGCAGCAUGGUGGCCAUAUCCUUCGACCGCUUCCUCUUCAUCAAAUAUCCGCUGCACUACGGAUCCAUGACCAGCCCAACGAAGGCGGGAUCUGUGAUCGCCGCCACGUGGAUCAUAUCCCUGUUGCUCGGGUUUGUGCCCUUGUUUCACAACAACUGGGAGGACGGCAAAGGGUGCUACUCGUUCAAGAUCCUCACGACAGAAUACAGAGUGUACGGACUGUGUCCGGCCUUCUUCUUCUGUUGCUUCCUCACCGCCGGAUUCUACGGAUACAUCGUCAGGAAGGCCAUACGGCACCAGCGGCGGAAGCGGGAGCGGUGUAUGUCUCAGGCGGGGAUGAGCGCGAACAUAGUCCGCAGCACGACCAGCGACUGGAAGUCCGUCAAGGUGUUCAUGCUCGUCUUCGGGGUGUUCUUCGUCUGCUGGGUGCCCAACUUCACCAUCCUGCUCGUCGGCUACAUCUGGACGAUCAGCCCCGUCGUUAUCAACUUCACCGUCAUCGUCGGCUUCCUCAACUCCGGAAUGAACUUCAUAAUAUACGCCUGUCAGAACAGACAAUUCAGAAGGGCCUUCAAGUCGUUUGUCGGACUGCAGCGGCGGCCCUCGGUGACCACGUCGCUGUCGACGCAGUGACGGGUGGAUUCGUGUUAAUGACAUCCAGAGGGGUUUGUUGUUGUGAAAAGUAAACACUUGAAAUCAUCAUCAACGUUUUAAAGUCCUCGAUCACAUCAAAUGCGGUUGAAAUAUGUAAUGUGUGCUUCUUAAAAUAAUUUCUGGCCGUCUCGAGAUUAAAUUUCCUGUGAAAUGUGA